AUGAAUUGGACUGGAGGUAACCUGCAGAGGCACUCGAAGAACAAAGGCAACGCAGUAGUCGAACGUCAGAAGUCACACUUUGCCAAAGCUCGCAGCAAAGUCCCAAACAGGAACAGUUCUUCAGUGAAAAGCUGGAAUGAGACCUCACCGACCCGACCUCCAUCUCCUCCGCCUUUCAAGAAGACCAAGACACAUCACAAGCGUAAAACUCGGAUACACGAAUGGUCCAUUACUGGCAAAAGGGAUGCACAACGCCCAAUAGGAGAUUUUGUGCUGCCGUCGAAGAACAGCGAUGUUUACGUUAGGGUAGGCAAGCGGGCAUUUGCUAGCCAGCUCGACACAACAGUGGCUAGUCCAUCAACCAGGAUUCGUUCACGCUCCGGAUCCUACUCAGAACACUCUUCAAACUCGAUGCUUCUUGAUAUCCUCGACCAGCCCGUUUCUACAUCUAGGGGCUCUGACCGUGGCGAGAUCCCCAGGCUGCAAUUCGACGAAGACGAACCAACACAUCCUGCAACAGACCAAAUGAGGUUCGUGCUGAGCGAUUCGCUCGACGACGUUUUGCGUGAUCAGAAGGGUGUUCAUCACCGCUCAGGACCUGUAUCACAUGUCCCGUCAGACCUCCAUGAGAAUGCCGUAAGUCCUGCGAACUUUGAAAGUGCUAGGCUAGCCGACUACGCACGCGGUACUCUAGAUGCGGCUGAGCGAGUGGAAGACUCACCGGUCGAAGUGCAAGCACAGCACACGUUCAUUUUUGGAAUCCAUGCAGAGGAAGAUCCUACAAGUUUCGAUCACGAGGACUUUGGAGAUAACGAUGAUACUUGGCGAAGGUUCAUUGAGGAUAAGGAUGAGGAAUAUGGUCAGGCAGAGAGUGAUCUGUUUGCUGCACCUCAAUAUAAUAGGCAAGCCUCGCCAGAUGCUCACCCUGCUGGGAAGAAAGUCCAGGAAGAGCCGCUCUAUCCGACCAGUGUUCGUGGCAGCACCCCGCAAUCAUCGUGCCCGACUGCUCGCGCAUGUCUACUCGAGACCGGAACAUCGAAGCGAAUAGGCGGUGAGAUAAGCGAACGUGGACCAAGACUAAGUGACGACGACCAAAUUUGGAGACGAUUCAUCCUGGGUGCCGACUACGCAGAUGCUUUGUGA